AUGGACUCUCCGCCGGAAUCUGCAAUGCCCAAAAUGGCGCAAAUAGACGUUUUCUCGUUAUCUAGCAUAGUGCUAGUCGCUGUUAUGUGGGGUGCAACGAAACCGUUGAUUAAAAAGGGAAGCAUCGGGUACAACACCCUACAGGCAAACAGCAAAUGGGGUCAGCUGUGGCUAGAGAUCCGGUUCCUCGUCUCUCGAUGGCAGUACAUACUUCCGCUGGUUAUAAUCCAACUAGGAAGCAUCGUGUACGUGUUGACGCUUCAACGCACGAAACUGUCAAGGAUUUCUCGAGUGACUGAGAUGCAAGUGUCCUGGCUAUGCUUAGUGUUCUUCCCAAGCAACCAGGGAGCACGCGAGGCCCUGAGACAGUGUCUUCCGGAUCAGCUGCCCGAUCCAACGUUCGCGGGGUGCCUGCAAGAGGACAAAUCCACCAAACACUGGCUGACGCUGUUGCUGAAAAAUCUGGACCGCCCAUAUCAGCCACCGGUUGGUGGUUACGCCAUCGCGUGA